UCGCGUGGUCUGGUGGGUUGAGCUUGACGCUGGUGGUGAUGCUCGGUCUCGCAGCUCUCUGAAGGAUGCAGCGGGGUGGCUAGAUGGAGGAGGAGGAGGAGGUGAAAGGCUGGAAGGCGGAGAACUGAAUGAACAGGUCGGAUAAGGGGAAGGAUGCGGAUUACGGUAGCCUGCCGACCAGCCUGCCCGACGACGGUGGUUUCGGUCGCCUGACAUGAGGACGCGCGGUGAAAACGACUUAGGCCUGCGGCUUGUUGAUACACGGAGCAAGGACGGAGAGGCUGUAAUUUACGCGUCGCCUCAAAUUAUCCGCGACACCGAGGAUUUCCUGGGUUAAUUGUGAGCGCGGUUUUGAUUCCUCCCGUAGACUGAUUUGUAUCUAGUUGUGUCUAAAAAUUGGCCUCUCCUUUGCGAUUGUUAUCAAGAAAACAUUAGUAAAAAAAAAAACAAGUGCUGUCCCCGUCCCUGUUUGUGGUUCAGCCGCCGUUAUGGUCUUAGCCGUCAUUUUAGCAUCAUCGCCACCACCUGAUCUCUUGCCUUGUGCCGCCGCAGACUGGAUGUCAAAGUGAAGGGAGCGCCGUAAAGUCUCAACCAAACGUACUCCAGAAAAUAGAACUUUACCGCGUUUCAACAUGCGGGCGUCGACGCUACAGCCUCGCUGGCUGACGGGCAUCUUCAUGUGGACGACCGUGUGCCUGCUCGGCAGCGGUCAGUCCGCCCCUGGCUCAUCGGGCCUGUCUCCAGCCAUCCGUGUGCCACUGCGGCAAGGCGCUGGCGGCGAGCAGCCUCCGCCGCCGCCGCCGCUGCCGCAUGCCGCGGCUCGGUCCGCGGCGCGCAGGCGGAGAGGAGCGGCGGCGACGGCGGCGGGCGGCAUCAGCUUCGUGGACAUGAUUGAUAACCUGCGAGGGAAGUCCGGCCAGGGAUACUACGUGGAGAUGGCUGUGGGCUCUCCGCCGCAGAAGCUGAACAUCCUGGUGGACACAGGAAGCAGUAACUUCGCGGUGGGGGCGGCCGCUCACCCUUUCCUGCGCAGAUACUACCACCGUUCACUCUCCAGCUCCUACCGUGACCUGGGCAGGAGCGUGUACGUCCCCUACACCCAGGGUCGCUGGGAGGGGGAGCUGGGCACAGACCUGGUGUCGGUGCCCCACGGCCCCAACGCCACGCUGCGCGCCAACAUCGCGGCCAUCACCCAGUCCGACCGCUUCUUCAUCAACGGGUCCAACUGGGAGGGGAUCCUGGGCCUUGCCUACGCUGACAUAGCCCGGCCUGACGAGACAUUGGAGCCUUUCUUUGACUCUCUGGUUCGCCAGACUUCCGUCCCUGACCUCUUCUCUCUCCAGUUGUGUGGCGCGGGCUUCACCCAGAACUACUCCCUGGGCAGCGCCACUGUCGGCGGCAGCAUGAUCAUAGGAGGAGUGGACCCGUCGCUGUACGUGGGAGAGCUCUGGUACACGCCAAUCCGCAGAGAGUGGUACUACGAGGUUAUUAUUGUACGCAUUGAGGUGAAUGGACAGGACCUCAACAUGGACUGUAAAGAGUACAACUACGAUAAGAGCAUAGUGGACAGCGGCACCACCAACCUCCGGCUGCCUAGAAAAGUCUUCCUGGCUGCAGUGAAGGCCAUUGAAGCGGCCUCUUCGACAGAACAGUUUCCCUCCGGGUUCUGGCUGGGCGAGCAGCUGGUGUGUUGGCAGGCUGGCACUACACCCUGGAACAUCUUUCCAGUCAUCUCCCUCUCCCUGAUGAGCGAAAACCGCAACCAGUCCUUCCGCAUCUCCAUCCUGCCGCAGCAAUACCUGCGGCCCGUGGAGGACGUGGCCUCUGCUCAGGAGGACUGCUAUAAGUUUGCUGUGUCCCAGUCCAGCACUGGAACGGUGAUGGGGGCCGUCAUCAUGGAGGGCUUCUACGUGGUCUUUGACCGUGAGAAGAAACGCAUCGGCUUUGCUGUUAGCACAUGCCACGUGCAUGAUGAGUUUCGCACAGCCUCUGUGGAGGGCCCGUUCCACGGCGCCGACCUGGAGGACUGCGGCUACAACAUCCCCCAGACGGACGAGUCCACUCUGAUGACCAUCGCCUACAUCAUGGCGGGUAUCUGCGCUCUCUUCAUGCUGCCGCUGUGUCUCAUGGUGUGCCAGUGGCGCUUCGCCCGCUGCCUCCACCCACACGGGGACUUUGCAGACGACAUAUCGCUGCUGAAGUGAGGGGGGGGAGAAGUUCGGGCACGGGAGUCGCAGAGGCCUAAGAGUUGGUGCUGUUUUGAAAGGGUUUUUCAGGAAUAUGAUAUAUCAAGUCAAGUAAAUGCUCACAACACACAACGAGCCUUGCUGCCCUCAAGCUGUUUGCGAGGAUAACUAGAGCCAUUAUUAUUACAGAGGGAUCAACAAGAGGAGGAUGCUGUCGUCAGCAUCCGCUUUGCCUGUUGAAGUUACCUAUGCAGACCAGCAUAGCCGGGGGAACAGAUGACGGAAACAUCUGAAACAAACAGAAGAAGCCUCUUCUUUGUUAUAAAUAGUUCAUAUAGUUCAUACAAAAACCACAUCAAUGGAUUAGAUUUUGGAAUUUCGGAAGAUUUGUCUCUUAACUCUGCAGAGAUUCUUCUUCAGAACGUGGGCAAAGACUAAACUGAUCAUUUUUAAACACGGCUAAAUGAAGAAACUGAACGUGGAUGGGAUACGGGAUGGUAAUCCGUGUAGCUCAGCAUGGAUUGUUUUGGUACAGCUUGAAUUUAUGAACGUGUGCUUACAUACAUGUGUGUUUGUAUAGAUCUUCUGUUUGUGGCUUAUGAGUGAAUGAAACCAGUUGGAUAUGUUUGAGCAUGCCUGUACUGUAUGUGUGCGCAGCUGUACUGUAAGUGAAGAGUAUACAGAAAGGUUUAAUAAAACUCAAGAUGAUACUUAUGAAAGUAAAUUAUACUAGCAUCUAUGAAACUACACUAUGUUGCAUAUGCCAGCAAAUACUCCCGCAAUGCAUAAAAAGGCUAAUUUGAAGAAAUACCAGAUCGGGGCAGCAUUUACAGUAUAAAAUCAGUUUUGCGCGUGUGAAACUGAGACUACUGAACAAGCAGAUGUCACUUUUUCUUCUUAUAUUUAUAGCUUAAAUGUAUCUAUUGUACAUAAAAUGUUGGUCGUUCCUGAUGGUUUAUUUGCGCACAUGAAACACAGUUCUUACCUUUGCAAACUACUGCUGCACCGUGCGAUGAGUUGCACAUGUAACAACACAUUACAUGUUAACAAAAUCACGACUAAAUAGGGCUUCUUUCACAGAGACACACAGACGGUCAUCGCAUCUUUCAAAGGGGACCAUAUUUGCUUGGACAAGGAAACCAGCCCAAAGUAUGUUAUACACUAAAGAUCACUAUGUAUGUCUGUGUGGGACAGUUUGUAUUGUCUCUGAACAAGCUGUAAAUAGAUCAACUCAGAACGGUAUAUUUAUCUGUCAGGCGCUGGCAGCACUGUUGAAACAAUAAAGUACUUAUUAUAACUGUAAA